UUUAAAUUGGUAAUGCAAUGUUCUUCACAAUUCGAGCAUAACUUGUAAGAUGAGAAAAUUCAGUUUCAGUCCAAUCUAACCUCAAACCAAAGGGUGGGUUGGCAGAGACAUGUUUUCCUUAAGAUGUUUUGGCUGUUUGACGCGGCGACAAGAAUCCAUCAAGAACAAGGCAUAGUGUACCUAUGAAAAUAAAUCUGAUUGUUUUUUUCUGAUUCUUUACCCAGUCAGUUCUAUAUCACGAUCUGGUUUUCUUCGCAGAAGACCUGCACCUGCAUCUCAUUCCAGCCAAGUUAUGUAGAAAACCACAAAGAAUUUCCAUGAAAACUAUUUAAAGCCAAAGAGGAGUUUAGAAAAGCUGGGCUAAGUGAAGGCAGGGAAUUGAAAAAAAGUCCGCUCUGAUGUACUGAUGGUCCUUGUUGAUCGCCCUAUCAGGUGCAAAAAACACUGACAGGUUUCCACCCACUAGCGCCCAAAAAAAGCCCCUGGCGGCGCAGCGAGCCUCUGCGGCACACGGACCGCUUCCACUCUUCCCGCACAGACACACGCUGCAUCUGCUGCUCAUUUCUACUGGAUACCAGUCACAUCCAACCUCAAGACUUCUCCUGUUGUUAUUUCUUUAUUAUUCUAACUAUCCGACUGACAGUUUGGAGUGAUUUUUGACCUCUUCAGCGCCGGACACGGAGUUACAAUUUUCUCACCCUUGUGGACUUGGACUUUACCGGCAGGUACAGGUACAAGGUACAAGAGGAAUUAAGCAGAUACCACCAGACCGACGCACACGAGGCGUGAAAGUGCCCUGAGGACGAGAAAUAAGUUGUGAAGGCGCAGAAGCAGGCGCAUCCCACAACAAAUUGAAUCUUUCCGACCGGCGUGUAGGCGCAGCCUGGGGGGAAAUCAGGGCAAUCGGGUAGGGAGUAAACGGAGCGGGUAGACGAUAGGUCCCUGUCAUUCACCUGGUGUACACUGUUGAAUCCCGAGGAAGAGCCUGAUGUGGCUCUUACACCUCCAGCUUUACUGCACCAAUCUGUGUUGUGACUGGGAGCGCCAGUCUCCCCCGGGAUUUUGCGCGUAAACCGGCCGCGCAGUUGCUCAGAUCAGACCGGCCACUGCUGGAGACAGACAGGUGGAUCUGACCAAGAUGUCCGUACUGCCUUCCAGGUUCAGCUACGUGUGUUUACAUCUCCUGGUCCUUUAUUUCCAGUUACAGGAGUCUCACCAGAGUUCGGCAGACUUCCGCUUCUACAUUGAAAACCACACUCGGGAUGAUGUGAGCCGGAAGCAGGUGCGGAUAUACCAGCUGUACAGCCGAACGACGGGGAAGCAUGUGCAGAUCCUCGGCAAACGGGUCAACGCCAACGGAGACGAUGGGGGCAAGUAUGCCCUCCUUGUGGUUGAGACCGAGACGUUUGGAAGUCAUGUACGAAUAAAAGGAAAAGAAAGCGGCUAUUAUAUCUGCAUGAAAAAGAAUGGCAAAAUUGUUGGCAAGCUCAAUGGGAGUAACCCAGACUGUGUGUUCGUGGAGGAGUUCUUGGAAAACAACUACACAGCGUUAGUGUCUGCCAAGUACAAAGGCUGGUACCUGGGCUUCGACCGCAGGGGCCGACCCAAGAUGGGUUCGCGGACCACACAGACGCAGCAGGAAGUACAUUUCAUGAAGCGCGAUCCCAAGGGACGGGUGGAACAUCAGGAGGAGUUCCGUUUCACCACAGUGACAAAACGGACACGUAGGGCGCGCCGAUUAAGGCCCAAUUCUAAAAGGAACUAAGAGACAAGGACCGAAAAGACACUCUUUGCCCUUUAUGGACAUAUUUCUGCCUUAAUUCAGAAUAAAGACUGAACUGCGAGGAAAGGAAAAAAGGCUUUAGGACAAAAAGCUUAAAAAAGUUCAAAGAUAUUUUAUUUUUAUAUUUCAGGAGCUUCGAGUAUCUCCUAGGUGAAUGUUUCUGGGUUAUCAUUAAUGUUAUAUUGUGUCUGUAAUUUUAUUUAUACUGGACAAACGAUGGACAACAAAAAACAUUGACUCCCUUUUUGACGAGUUUACAGCAGCAGGCAUCCUGUUGAAAACUAGAGAUGUGACUCACUUUCUCUAGAAAAAUCUAUUUGUUUAAUUUUUAUUUGCCCCUAACAACAAGAAUUCGACAUUUUCCACUGGAAUGGACUGUCAUGCAAAUGCAAAAAAGCGACCCCCACAGGCCUUCUUAGCCAAUCGUAAAGCUUUGAGUGCAAUAUUUUAACGCCUCUGCUUCUCUCACUCCCUUAACUUUUUGUUUAAUGGGCAGCACAUGCAUUUUCUAGGCCUUUUUGCUGGUCAAGUGUGCACAGCUGUGUGAAGCAAUAGUACGAAUUCUUUUACAUUUUUGUACAACCUGUGAUUCUGCAGAGCACAACAUGCUUUGACUAGCCAGGCAUUGGCAUCAGCUAUGGCGGUAGUACAUGUUAAAACAAACAAUGAGAAGUCAGGAGUUGAAGGGUCUGGAAGAGCAAAAUGUGUUGAUUUGUUGAAACCCUUUUGACCUUUUUUACUGUAUGAGAAUGCGAUGCAUUGACAACCAGCCUGAUCUCAGACACUGGCACGCACAAAGAUUUGCAAACUGGUUUAAUUUUAAUAGAGUUCAUAGGAAUAUGCACUCAUUUUAAAUAAUUACCUUAAAGCCUUUUAAUGUAAUGGUCAUUUUUCUGUGCAUUUUCUGGCCAAGUGUCACUUUUCCAUGAAAAAGCCCAAUAUUUACAACAAUCAGUCAAUUCUGGUCUCAUUUUUUUAACUCUGGGAUUCUCAACCAGCAGCAUGUUGCCCACUCGCAGCCCACAACAUAUGGCAGUAUGGCCCGCAUUUGUACUUUAGGCCAUUUAUUUCUAAAUAUUAAUGCAUUAGUGAGGCCAGUAGGGCGGACUGUAGCCCUGUUCAGUCCUGCUAAGGCCUUUUUUUGGUCCAGCUGACAAAAAGUUUAAGAACCAUUGGCGUAAAUAAUAAUGCACCAAAUAUGUAGAUCGUUCAUGUCUACUAAAGCUUUAGACAGUUCCACUAGGGGAAGAUAAAACAAAAGAAAACCCUCAGAUCUAUUCACUCAUGCCAAGGUCUGGCCUUCAUAUGGGUGACGCUGUAGUGUAAACAAAUUUGUAUACUCCUUUGUCACAUGACCAGAUUUGUACGAGAUACUACUAACAAACCUGACACAUGUAUGGUUUAAAAAGUUAUGCAAAAAAUAAUAAUUUUAUUACUAUUAUAAAAUAUUUAUUGUCUUUCUUUGUAAAUACAACCUGAUGAAUUUAUUUGAUCUCUUAAUAAAA